AUGUGGCCGCUACUAGUUCCGGUUUUACUUGUGGCCAACGAAACCGGCAGUAACUGGCUGGAUGCCAUCCUGGCCAGCAUCUACAGGGAUAAGCCCUACGAUACUUUACUCCUGCUAAGACAUAGUCGUAACUGGGAUGAUAUAUCUGAAUUGGAAGGGUCUUCGCUGCCCAUCUUAAACUUUAAUGAGCAGAUGGAGAUUCCCUUAAGGAGCAGCUACAACCAGGAAAUGGUGGCCUUUGUCCAGCAAACAGGAAACCCAAAGUUUGACUCUGAUUUGUGGCAAUCUCUGGACAGAAAUCUACUGAAUAUGAGGAAAAUCAGGUUGCUGCUCUACCGAAAAUGGGAAGAACACCCAACAGAUGAGUUAGCUUACACAGCAGAGAAUCUAAGAUUUCUGGAUGUAGCAGUAAUCGGUCGAGGAAAAAGGAUAUAUCGCUUACAACCCUAUGCACCGCAACGUUGGUUGGAGGUUAAUCCCAACAAAGAUACAAUUUUUACUCCAAUUCGAAACUUCUACGGCAAAUAUAUAUUGACUAUACCCGAUCAGUUUGCUCCCCGCUCUAUAGUCUAUCGAAACCCAGAGACUGGAAAACUACAAAUGACGGGUUAUGUCUACAAGUUAAUUCUCGAAUUCACAAGAAUUCAUAACUUCACCUUGCGUUGGAUGAAGGACAUUGUGCCGGGUGAGCUACUGAAUCUCUUCCUGCUCCGGAAUAUGACCCUCAAUGGAACCAUUGAUUUGCCCAUUAGCUUGUGUGGCUUUGAGAGAUCCUCGAAGGCGGGUGUUUUUUCGGAUAUUUAUGACAUGGGAGUGUGGUUUGUGAUGGUUCCAUGUGCCCAGGAGAUACGCACCGCCGAUGUAUAUGUGGUCAUGGUUAGUGGACAAUUUCUGUUGGUCCUGCUGAUUUUCUAUUACAUCUUUACCUUCCUGGAUACCUGCUUUGGAGUUUUGCUUCUAAGGAAACGUGUGGACUGGUCCAGUUUUGUGCUGAACGAGCGCAUGAUAUCGGGAAUUAUAGGACAGUCCUUCAAUAUGAGAGCCGGGAAUACCCUAAGUUCGAAGGUCACGAAUGCUAGUCUCUUUCUGCUGGGUCUGGUGUUGAGCACACUCUAUGCUGCUCACUUAAAGACACUCCUGACCAAGCAUCCCAAGGCCAGGCAGAUCUCCAACUUUGAGGAACUGAGGGACUCUCCAGUCAGUGUAUAUUUCGAUGAAGCCGAACGCUUCUAUCUGACCACCUUUGAUCCGGAGCAACCCAUUACUACUAUACGGGAAAAGAUUAAGUUCGUAAGCACCCAGGAUUUUCAUUAUUUAAAGAGUAGCAUGAAUAGAUCCAUGUCUUUCUCAACCUUGGACAUUGAGUGGAUGAUUAUGGCCAAGCGACAGGAGUUGUACGAACAGCCUGUCUUCUGCUUCCUUCCGGAAAUGGCAAUCAGCCGAUCCAGUGUCCUGUUAUCCUUGCCCAUGCAGGCCAACUCCAUCUACGAAUAUCCUCUUAAUGAGCUUAUACAUCGCGCCCAGGAUGCAGGAUUACUGGAUUAUUGGAAACAGGAAACCCUGCGAAUGAUGGUCAGUCUGGGAAUGAUCUCCCAAAAGAAUCCCGUUCCCUAUGUGACAUUUCGGGAAUUUAAGGUUACUGAUCUCACUUGGAUUUGGUUAUUGCUGGUCAGCUUGUUAGCUUUGGCCUUCUUUGUUUUUCUCUACGAGAGAUGGGGACGACAGCCAGGAUUUGCCGCUUAUUGGCGAGUUAACGGACGCAUUAAGGGACCCGCCGACAGCAUGUUUAUGGCAAAAUCAAUACUGCAAAUGCUACAAGGAUAA